ACCCACUGCUGCUUUAAACACACAAAAGCCGCAAAGAUUCAUAUUUGAGAAACUGGGACCAGCAAAUAUUUGCUGUUUUUGUUAGAUUUCGAACAACUGAAAUGAUUAUCAAACUAGUUGCUGAUUAAGUUUCUGUUGAUCAGCUCAUCGAUUAAUUAUGAAUAUAGGCAAUUCAUCCUCAACCAUACACACACACACACACACACACACACACACACACAGACAGACGAGCUCAGCCGAUCUGGCUCGUAUUCUCAUCCAUCUCUCUUCCCACGUGGUGUUGCAUUUAAAACGAUUCCUUUUCUGUUUCUCUCUCUACCGUUAAAUGGCGCCCUGACUUAUGUCUGACCUCUUUAUCUGCAAUUCUGUUCCCUGCUUAGAGCAGUGUGUGUGUGUGUGUGUGUGUUUGAUUCAUCUAUGCUUAUCUGCUAGCACAUCUCGGCUUGAACCAAGGAGACUUAUGUGUGUACCUGUGUGUGUGUGUGCUCCCUUAACUCAGCUUUCAUUCAAAGAGCCAUUCACUUCUCUUACCUGAUUGUGCAUUGUUUGAGUCACAGCUCUAAACCAUAUCAACACUCAUUACUUCAAGUAUUCAGAGUGAUUCUGUAGCGGCUCGGCCUCACUGAGAAGGGAAAGCUGUUGCCAAGAUUAGCGGUAAGAGCUCUCCCUGACAACGAUGUGUGGCGAAUAAAGCAGAGGCUAAUCCUCCCUCCAUAGCUGUUGGCUAGAUGGCCAUUUAUGGGUGGUUUGGCUGUUGUGUUCUGUUUCCAUCUCCUCUGUUAAUCCGCAAGCAGCUGAAGUGGUUGAUGAGACGCUUCAGCACUUCUUAGUGUAUACACAAACAAACCGGCGCAUUCACUGGCACCCGAGCUCAGCCUGAGCAUAAUGCACUCCGCGUUGAAAUGCUUUUGUAUUUUUUUGUGUGUGUGUGUGCCUGUGUGCACACGUGAAUGUGUAUGUGCGUGUGUGUGUGUGUGUGUGUGUGCGUGUGUGUGUGUGUGUGUAUACAAAGAAGUAAUAUCCUCCAAUAUGAGUCACAGGGUGGAAAUUAAAGCCUGGGAUGAUCCCUUCCUCAAUGAGCAAACACUUCAUUUUGACAGAUCAUUAACUAGACAUUAUCUUUCAUUAGGCGCCUCUGCAUUACUUAUUCAACACCCCUAGGACACACAUGCACAUUCACAAAUGCAGGGCACAGAUAACACACACACACAAACCGUGGACUGAUUCAAUACAAUGCAUUUGAAACAGUGCACUCAGCAUUAUCUGUGUCGCCGGAUUUGACACUUACGGGAAAAAUAUUCUCGAUAAAAGUCUUCCUGCAGCUCGCUGCGGCUAGACUUAUCUAAUAUAUUAUACACUCAAAUCUAAUUUCUCCAGCGUGCAUUCAUCUCAUUCAUUCAUUCCCCUCUGGUAUUGUAGCACACUGAUCACAUAACCACUUUACAGAUGGUCCGAGUAAUUAGAUUGACAAUGAGUUGUAGGAGAUAAGUGUUGUAAAGAGCAUCCUGAUAAAAGAAGAGGGACGCUCUUAAGAGCAUCACGAAAGAGGAGAUCAUCACGUGGUGGUGCAGAUGCCUGCUGCUGCUGUUUCUCAAAGUAGAGACAAGCGGAGAGGGGCCGAGCAAAAACACCAGCCACCGCAAUUAGCAUCAGCAAUACAACUUUUGUUGCAGCGUGAAAACAACCCUCCGGCGACACUAAUGGGACAACACAUUUCGGGGUAUAGCGGCUAGGGCAGUUUCCGGCCCGCCAGACUCCAUCCAUCUGUCUGAUCGGCACAUUUCCUGUUUUGUCUCUCCAUCAUAACCUGCACCAGUCUCUGCUCUCCAUCUCCAUCUCCAUCCAUCUCUUUAGCUGCUUUUUUUUUGGUCCCCACUCUCGCCUUUAAAAUCCUGUGCGCCUGCCUCGGCCAAGCACACCCCAGUGAUCCAUCACGAGGUGAUUUUAUGGGCUUUUCCCCCAUGCUGAUGGCUAUUUAGCUGUCCUCACCCAACCCAGGACAAUUUGUUAUUGUAAGUGUUUGUCCAACACAUUUAGGCUGCUUGCGCUGACGGCACACUGAUGAAAAACGACAACGGGGUUUAUGGGAAGUUAUGACAAUCCGUUGCGCCGGCAGAUCAAUGACACAUCAGGGAAAUAGGAAGCGAUAAUGAGAUUGUUGUGAAAGGAUAUUGAAUAGAUAACAGGUCGAGGUGAAGGAUGUGAUGAAAAUGGGAUUCGUCAACAUGUCUUUAGAUUCACCUUCUACGGUAUCCCACCUCUUCCUCUUUCUGUUUUUCUCUCUAUUGUUGACCAUAUUGGCUUUCAUGGGCACGCGGAGGACUUUAACUGCAUUCUGCUCGCUUGGUUGCUGUCACUGCUUCAAUACACAAGCUCAGGUUGCAUUGCCGUGAUGGAAGGACACACACACACACACACACAAACCACAAACAACGCUGCUAGAAGAACAUGAGAGGUUGUGUUACCUCUCAGCCGAUGCCCAUUACACGUCAAUGAAAAUUCACUUUGAAAAUCGACUGUUAUACCCCUCUGGGAAACAUUGGUAGGUGAUUUAUAAAGCGAUGUUUAUGUGUUUCCAAUUGUGUAUAUUAGCUUUGAAUUUCAAUGGCGCUCUCAUCUGGGAUAACAAUACAAUCAGGUAUCCAAUAAGCAAAUCAAUUUGAGGUUUAUGGUUUGUAGCGUAAACAACAGGCUCAUGGUCCACUACACACCACUCUUCAUUACUCUGGGGUGGCGCAGGAGAUGCAUGUGAAUGUGUGUGAAUGCACACGUGUAUACAUGUGUUUUUUUACGCAAUGUGACUCUUGAAUAAGAGAAAUCGAUUGAGGAAAACAGGUAGAGGUACCUGGUGUUCUCUCUCUGUACAGGCACAUUAUAGUAUUGUGAAGCACCCUUUCAGAAAAUGCCAUUCUUUUUUUUUUUUUUUUGAGUAUCUUGUGCUUUUAUUAGAAAGACACAGUACACAGAUGACAGGAAACAAGGAAAGAAAAAGAUGCGAAGUGACUAAGGUCCCUAGGCGUACGCGAACUGGAGACAUUAUACUUCAUGGUCAACACCCCCAGGCCUACAGCAUCCCAUCAGCAAACACCGUUUGGAUGAAGUUGUAAUGCUUGUUAAGAUAUGUUUUUUUUAUCAACAUCUUAUUAUACGGCUUUGUUGAAUACUCGAUUCUGAUUGGUCAAUAAUGGCAUUCUACAGUCUGUUAUUUCUUUAUAGCAGACCGCUGCUAUGGAUGCAGGUCUGAUGUCAGACUCUGGAGGACCAUUUUUGUGUCAAAUUAUUGAUUUCUUAAGUAGAUAGCAGUGUAAUAAGCCGCAUAAUGUACAGUGAGCGGGUGAUUUUUGUGCAAUAAACCCCUUCAGGACGAUGCAAGACUUCGCUUCGCGUCAGGGUCCUGCAUCGCAACAAUGACCGGCUCGCUGUACAUUAUCCCUUUCAUGAGGAACCAUAUUUUAUAUCUGCAAAGUCGCAAAAUGUUCAUACCGAACGUAUCUAGUUUUUCAUACAAUAUCUGCAUUAUUAAAGUUUUUUAUGGUUAUGUUCAGGAAAAUUAAAACACUUGGUCAAGGUUAGGGAAAGAUCAUUCCACUUGGUUAAAUAUUUAAAGGGCCAUUGUGUAACAUUUUGGGGGAUCUAUUAGCAGAAAUGGAAUAUAAUAUUCAUAACUGUGUUUUCAUUAUUGUAUAAUCAGCUGAAACUAAGAAUGGUGGUGUUUUUGUUAGCUUAGAAUGACCUCUUCAUAUCUACAUAGUGAGUGGGUUCUUUUCUCGGGGUCCGCCGUGUUGCUCAAACCAAGCACUGGCUCUAGAGAGAGUAACGUAAUGUCUGUAAAGACUUCCGUUUCUCCUAAAGUAGUGUUAUUAUGGUAAGGAUGGCUUCUAAGCGAGACGGACAGCGUUACCAUGGUUUUGCACUCAGCGAGUCACGAUACCGCUGUCUUGGAAAGGGAGGAGUGAGCGGAAGGGUACUAAGUUGGUUGCAAUCUGCAACCACACCACUAGAUGGCGCCAAAUUUUACAAACUGUCCCUUUAAAGACGUCAACAGACAGGACACAUUGUGUGACAAAACCCAGCCCUUCCCUGACCUAAAGCAAAGUGUUUAAAAACCUCAACCUAACCACGCAGAAGCUCCAGUGUCAACGCCCAGGAGCUUUUUAAAUGAAUGUGACACAUCCUGGACUGGGAACGCCGCCAGUGAACAUAAUCCAGGCACCAAUUAGGUUUCCUCGAAAACACACUCCAUUUGGCAAAAACAUUCAACAGUUUAUAAAUAUUUCUUUUGCAGCGGUUUGCAGCGGAUGAUGAAGAGGCAAUAACACAACAGCUUUAUGUUACUGUGAGAGUCUUCUAUAAACUUCCUGCCAGCACAUAAAAGGGCUUUUAAAAUUACGUCCCACUGAACCGACUUUGAGCCUUUCACUGUCAGACUGUAUUUAAAAGUGGCACAUAGCAGAUGGAUGAUUUAUGUAAACACAAAUUGUGUGUUGAUUAACCAUCAUAGAGGGCACCUCUGGGUAAUAUGCUCCAAUUUUGAAUGUGUGUGUGUGUGUGUGAGUCUGUUUGUCUCCCUUUUCCACAGAAAUGAGUCCACUGUCUGGAUGGAGAGGACGCGUCUGGGACAGACUCCUCAAGGACACACGGUAUGAAUGAAGACGGCAAGAAAAACAGAUUCCACAUUCCGGCGCGCGCACACUUCACGGGGAAAAUGAAGGCGAAAAACCGAGACCAAAGCUUGUCGGACUCCAGAGAGCUGGACGGAUCCUAUGACCAGCUAACGGGGCAUCACCUGACCUGCAAUUACAGCUGCGGCCACCAAACCCGUCGCACACUGCGGGGCUGUCCUCAGCGGCCUGCUGGGGCCGGGUUGACAGUCCUCCUGACAGCGUGGUCUUUAUCUUUCCCCUGGAGAAAAGCUAAAGUCAGCCCAAUUCUCAACCAGCUUCAGGCAGGCACAUCGCUUCUAUCAGUGGUUUGGACAACAAGUAUCCUAGUGGUGGCUAACUUUACAAACACUCACUGUGACAGCGUGGAAGAUGACUUUGAGUUAUCCACCGUGUGUCAUCGCCCUGAGAGCAUGGACAAGCUGCAGGAGCAGACUAAGUUCACUAAGAAGGAGCUGCAAGUUCUCUACAGGGGUUUCAAAAAUGAAUGUCCGUGUGGUGUGGUGAAUGAGGAGAACUUUAAGACCAUUUACUCCCAGUUCUUUCCGCAGGGAGAUUCAAGUAUGUACGCACACUUCCUGUUUGAAGCCUUCGACACGAACAAAAACGGCUCAGUUAGUUUCGAGGACUUUGUAUUUGGCCUGUCUAUCAUCUUGAGAGGGACCAUUAAUGACCGGUUAAACUGGGCGUUCAACCUCUACGACCUGAACAAAGAUGGCUGCAUCACCAAAGAGGAGAUGUUGGACAUCAUGAAGUCUAUCUAUGACAUGAUGGGGAAGUACACGUACCCCAAUAUGCAGGACGAUGUUCCGAGAGAACAUGUGGAGAGCUUCUUCCAGAAAAUGGACCGGAAUAAAGACGGAGUGGUCACCAUAGAAGAGUUCAUAGAGUCAUGCAAGAAGGAUGAGAACAUCAUGCAGUCCAUGCAGCUGUUUGACAACGUCAUCUAAGAACCUGGACCAGAGAGUACGCUGGCACCAGGGAGGGGAGUGUGUGUGAGAGGGAUCGGGAUUGAAAAGAGAGAAAGAGUUUGUGAACGUGUAUGUGUGUGUGUUUGUGUGUGUGUGUGUGUGUGUGUGUGUGUGUGGCCGUCUUCUGACUUGCAAGCUUGUGUGUCUGUUGAGAGCCGUGAGUUCGGAGGGCACCGAGAGGCCCUCUCCCUCUUCCUGGACCCCCAGUGACAUUUCUCCAAGCAACAAUGGAGUUUCCCCGACUCCCUAACUCAUCAUGCAGAACCUUAGUUUUACCCCAGAGGCACAGCGAACGCAGGCAAGCAGCGGGCUCACAGGCACUGGCACACGCAAGACCCCCCCCCCCACCUGUUUUAUUUAUUACUAUUACUGACAGAGGAACUAUCACAGCCUGUACUGGCUGAACUCAGAGGGAGGAAGCUGCCUCCAAACCUUGAUCUAAGAUGACUUUUCCCUGUGAUGGCUGAGAUUUGUGAAUCUGACCCUGCCUCUGUGCAUGUGGGUGACACCUCCCAGGAGCCGCCAGACUGCUCGUGCACCGGCCAUAAAAAUAGAAAUGCAUCUACCGCCAUCUUGUGGACGAGAGAGAGAGAAAGACGCUUCCUGAGGAAACAGCUGACUGAAAUGGAGAUCCAGGCGUUCCCGUUUUACAGGUGGAGGUUGUUUUCCACGAGGAACUGAUAACAAUAUCGCAUGAUGAUGUCACUACUAUCCAAUUAUGUAUUUACAGAGAUACUCCAAAGUCUGCUUGUCUGUCUGCUGUUCCUAGUCAUUCACAGGUGCCUCACCCUUUGUGUAUGAGUGUGUGCAUGUGUAACAGGAGGAUAUGUCAUCCAUCUUACCUAUGUAAGACUCUAAUGGGACAACACCCGCCUCCAUUCGCGGGAUUCAUGGGUGGAAUAAUUCCGAGCCUCCAAUCUAUUACAGUCCUAGCUGUAGGUGUCUAUUGACUGUUGUACAUUUCCUAGCAUUCCCAGUGGUGUGAUAUUAGGCAGUACAACGUGGGGGAUUGCACUAAUAGUUGACCUGAGCUGUUUCGAUCAUCCCAGCUCCUCUCAACACAGGACUGGACGGGCAUAACGCAGUCGUACUAGUCUAUCAACAUACAUUCAAGGGGAAUUUAUUAGAUUACAGAUUGUAUUUGUGAACUUCUUGUAAUCGCAAAUGUCGUGUGGCUGUAGCAGGUUCUUCCACUUCAAAAAAAAAAAUUCAAAACCCUUGUUGCAUUAAAUUAGGCUCAUUCAAUUUCAAAGAGGCAUAGUAUAUGUGUGCGUGUGUGUGUGUGUGUGUGUGUGUACUGGUAGUCAGAGGCAUGGUUUAAUAAUUUUUUUAUGCCCCCCCCUCAUUCGGUAUUCUCCCUCUCUCUGUAACACCAAAGAGAAGAUAUCAAUUAAAGAGGUAUAUAAGUUAAGACAUACAGCCCACCUGUGGGUGAAGAGAGAGGAAUUGUACCUUGUUAUUUUUCUUUAUAAUUUCUUUAUUACUUGACGCUCCGGCAAUAUUGUCCAUUCAUGCCAAUAAAGCAUAAUGAAUUGAGAGGGAGAUGCUGUGUAGUGAUGUAGGGCAAGGGGCAAUCAGAGAGACAAAGGAUGUGGCGAUGUGGUUUACCUGCACAUUGUCCUAACUGAAAUGUAGUUUUAGGUUGUAAACCCACACGUUAGACAGACAUUUUGAAGAAUUUGCAAACACUUAUUAAUUAGCUUCUUUUCAAACUACUUAAAUCUACGAUGGUGCCAGUAACAGAGACACUCACGCCGCAGUUAAAUAGGCUAUAGUGUGUUUUGAAUGCAAGAGAGACAGACAUGGAAUAGCAAUAAUGUUCUCCACCACGUAUCGGCACCUUUCCACUCAUCCAACCUCUCAGAGCACAGUAAAGGGUGCACUAAGGCCUUGAUGAAAAUAUGCACUUUCAACCCUGACAUUUUGCUUUCUGUUCUGCAUUAUUAUUUUUUGAACUUUUUCUUUUUUUUUUUUUUUUUUCUGGGGAAGAAGUGGUUUGGCUCUGAUUGUUCCUUGCCAAUAGUUUUUAAGUUCCAUUCCUGGCCACAAGUAAAACCUGUCUAUACCCGCAUGUACUGUGUCUAGAACAAUGAAAACCUACUAACCCGUUGUACUGACUGUCUAGUUAGCUAGCCUCAACUGGUUGCAUUACGUAUUCAAAAUGUGUAUAUUUUGUACAGAGACAAUAAAAAUCACAGUUACUAUGCAAAA